CGCCGACCCCUGAGCUCAGGCCCACAGCCAGAACCGGCGGCGGCAGGACCAGGCGAAGAGGGAAGCGGCAGGCGCUUCGUUCCUUCCCACGUAGCGAAGUGAGCGAGCGGGAGGGACGGAAGGACGGGGCCGCGGGGAGGCGGGGAGCUGUUCGGACGGAGGAAAGAGGCUUAGCCGCGGCUGCCUCCCGAGACCGGAGUGGCUUCACUGGGCCAUGGCUGGCCUGUGCCGCAUGCCCCGCCUCUCUCGCAAUUUAAUCCGCAUAAAAUGUUGAAAGCUGCAUUUAAGAAUUUACACACCAGAUGGACCCAAUCUCGUUUGGCUAAUUUCAAAGGAACCUGCCCUUUGUGACAUGAUGCAGUGUUUAACACAUCGGCUGGAAUUGUUUCCUGACUGCCUGGUUACCCUUAUUCUGUUUAAUGAUGUGAAGAAUGCUGCCGUUCUAAGGAAAAAAGCCAUGGAAGGUACUAUUGAUGGAGCAUUAAUUAGUCCUGAAAUGAUUAUCGAUCCGUUUCAAAUUCUCGUGGCAACCAAUAAAGCUGUUCAUCUUCACAAGACUGGUAAAAUGAAGACAAGGACUCUUAAUGCAGAAAUAAUAUUCAACCUUUCACCUAACAAUAACAUUUCAGAUGCCUUGAAAAGGUUUGGCAUUUCGGACAGUGACUCUGCAGUCAUCAUCGUUCUGGUGGAAGACCAAGAGAAAAGGGUGAAUCUGGAAAACAUAAUAAGUCAAGUGGAUGGCCAGCAAGCUCCUUUGGCAGAUCUCCCCCAGAUAACAGACAUAUCAAAAAUCAAAAAGAUAUACAAGCUCACGCCACAGGAAGAAAAAAUAGGAACACUACUGGAUGGCAUCAUUUGUAGAAUGGCAACAAAAGAUGUUUCAUGAAAAAAAUAUAAUUGCAUCAAAAUAACUGUAACCCAUUUCUGAAAUGGUGAUUUAUUUUAACUCUUUUGUAUUUGGCUAAUUAUUUUGUAUUUGACUUGUAUACAUAAGGCAAUAAAGUGCUCUGAAUUGUAUUUUAUUUUCGUUAAAAGCAGAAGCUGACAGAAAUCUAUUGUAGGAACAUGGAAGUAAUGCUAUUGGGUACUGUGAAAUGCUUUUAAAUAAAGCAUU